UUCCUGCCCCACACAAAGAAGUUCCUCCGCCGCCUGCCGCCGCCGCCUCGCCCGCACAAAGGAGGGCGCCGUCCGGAGAGCGCCGCCCCGGACAGGGAGCGCAGUGCAGCGCAGCGCAGCGGCCGGGAGUCCAGCGAGGCGGACCUUCGCGCGGCGCCUCCCCCGCGCGUGGCCGGGCGAGGCCGGGAUGCCUGGCGGCGGCUCCUGCCGGCAGGACGCGGGGCGGCCGCGGCACUAACCAGCCAGCCAGCCAGCCGGAGCGCGUGGAACAGGGCGCCCGGCCCGGCGAGCCCAUGGCCGAGCCGGCGCUGACCCAGGAGGGCGUCGGGCGGCGCCGGUGGCGGGAGCAGCCCCUGAACGGGCCCCCGCCUCCCUACCCGUCGGGGGAGGCCGCCUGCCCGCCGUCGUCGCGCGGCCCGACCGGCGAGGAGGGCCCGUGCCCGCGCUCGGAGGUGGCGCUGCCCUGCUACAAGCGCUACUCGGCCGAGGGCUUCCCGCGCGGCAAGGCGGCCGGAGGGAUCAGCCCGCGGGCCUCGACGUGCUGCGGGCCGGCGCCGGGUAGCGGCGGAGCCCUGGCCAGCCCGCGCGGGAGCCUGGCCGCCGCCGAGCCACCGCUGAGCCCGCGCUCCAGCUACGCCAGCACGGCCAGCGACGCCAGCAAGCACUCCAGCCCGCGCGCCAGCCUGGCCGGCUCCUCCGACGGCAGCAAGCCCAGCAGCGCCCGCACCAGCGGCAUCAGCAUGGGUUACGACCAGCGGCACGCCAGCCCGCGCUCCUCCGCCGAACUGGAGGCCGCGACCGGCCGGUCCUCGGCGCUGCCGGGCUCCGUCGGCGCCACCUCGCUGGUCAGCCCGCGCUCCAGCCUCUCCAGCCACAGCUCGCGCAGCUCCCGCAGCUCGAUGGGCGCCUACCCGGAGCCGCCGGCUCCCUCGCCGCGGGCCUCGCUGCUUCCCGAGGAGGGUCCUAUGGCAGACGCCGAGGCCGCCGCGCUGCCCUCCGGCCCGGCCGCCAAGUUGCGGCUCCCCUGCCAGGUCACGCCGGCCCGGGAGAGCGGCCCCAGCCAGGUGGAGCGGCGGCUGGAGGCGCUGACCCUGGAGCUGGAGAAGGAGCUGGAGAUGCACGUGCGGAAGGAGUACUUCGGUAUUUGUAUCAAGUGUGGAAAGGGGGUGUAUGGGGCCAGCCAAGCUUGCCAAGCCAUGGGGAACCUUUACCAUACCAACUGCUUUACAUGCUGCUCUUGUGGGAGAAGAUUACGAGGGAAAGCCUUCUACAAUGUUAAUGGAAAGGUCUACUGUGAAGAAGACUUCCUAUAUUCGGGGUUUCAGCAGACGGCAGACAAGUGCUUCAUUUGUGGCCAUCUCAUCAUGGAAAUGAUUUUGCAAGCUCUUGGGAAGUCAUACCAUCCUGGCUGUUUCCGCUGUGUGGUGUGCAAUGAAUGUCUGGAUGGCAUACCCUUCACUGUAGACAUGGAGAACAAUAUUUACUGUGUCAAAGACUAUCACACGGUUUUUGCACCCAAGUGUGCUUCCUGUAACCAGCCUAUUUUGCCAGUCCAGGGCUGCGAAGAAACCAUCCGGGUGGUGUCAAUGGACAGGGAUUAUCAUGUGGAAUGUUAUCACUGCGAGGAUUGUGGACUCCAGUUGAAUGACGAGGAAGGCCGCCGAUGCUAUCCCCUCGAGAGACACCUGCUCUGCCACACCUGUCAUAUCAGGCGCUUGAGCACUAAAGUGUCGGCACACUCUCCCUCUGGGUACCCCAUGCAUAUCACAGAGCUCUGAGGCUUCCGUUCCCCAUCUACUCAAGGCCAGGAGGAACAGACCUGCUGGAAAGAGAGCUUUAGAAAGACAAAGCAGCCACCAUUAUUUGUUGCUUCUAAGAUUGGAAAGGAAGGGGGGCACCUCUUUGGUUGGCUCGGUGUACAAUUUGCCCAAGUAAUUCUUUCCAGGAUGCCGGUACUUGAAAAGUAGUGCACCUCAUGGGUUGGAUGGGAAAAGGGCACGGUGUCAGAGCUGUUGGGAUGACUGGCCAUCCAUUAACACUGGCUUGUUGCCAUUUUUACUGUUGAUUGUGUGAGCUCCCAGAAGAAAGAUUAGCUUUCCAAUAGGAAAGAGACCAAAAAACUUCCAUCGUGUUUUAGGUCUCCUCGCACCCUGGCCUUGUGGUUCUCAUAAUUUGAGAGGCAGAGUGGUUGUUGCAUGCGCCAAAAGAGUGACCGCCAAAGUGAAUGUGACUUAAAAGGAACAACUGACUAGAAUGUAGGGGAUACCUGUGGGUGUUCCAUCUUGGCCUUUUGUUGGGUUUCUCUGCAAAAUGCGUGAAUGAAAGGACGGAGAGCAUUCCUGUUUUAGGGUUUGUCAGGCAUGGUUCUUGGGUGCUCGGCAAGGAUGGGAGGGUUUAGUGUUUCCAGGCAGAACACAUAGCCAAGGGGAGAGCUGCAGGCUCUCUAGGGAGACCGGGGUAGCUUUCUGGGAGCCAACAGGCGACAACUGUCUGCAGAGGACCCUCCCUGAUUGAAAGCAGGGUUGCAGGUGGGUGGGGUGGGGAAAGGGCAUAAGCAUUCCCAAUCCUUAGUUUUUUCGUAGAAUUCUUCUGCAGCAGAGAUGUGAAUGUGUCAGAACGGGAAAAGUUAUAUACAGGUAGUAUAAGUUUAUUCAUUAAAUUUAAUUCAGAUUUGAAUUCACUCAAAUUAAGUUUCUGUCCCAUCCAUUUCUUUGGACCUGCCACCACUUAUUUUUGAAAGGAAUCUUCCCAGCAUCCCGAAGUUCAGAUGCAGCCUGGAGCCCCAAAACGAUUUUGCUCAAAGAACAGCAGAAAUGGCCAGGGUAGAAGCCCCAGUGGUUGCCCUCUCUUCCUGAGUACAAGGAAAGUGGAUCCUUGUGCUGGGUGCAGCAGGUGACUGCAGGCAAAGAAGCCGGCUCUCUCGUCAAGAAGGACCUGUCAGACAUCACUUGGCACUUCUCAAAGUCACUGUUUUCAAACUGACUUUCGCUAAUAAAUUCAGCUUGGACUGUUUGCAGGAAGGAUCAAAAGGUCAAGAUGGUGAUUUCAGCUGCCUGGUUGUGGCCACCCCAUUGUCAUCACCCUGGACAUCCCGACUCCUGCAAACGGACAGGGCACCCAUUCCCUUUCUUUCAGCUAAAAGGAUGGCAGUUCUGUGGCAUGACUUGCAAAGAUCCUACUUCUAGAGGUAUUUUAAAAACAAUUGCUUCCCUAUUUUUGUUUUUUACAACUUGGUUAUAACCCAGCUUUAAAGGCCAAGUUAAUUAUACUUGAAUCCACAGCACUUGCAUGAUAAUUUCCAUGGCCUCUUGACCAUCACAAAGCAUUUUUAGGUAGCUCACAAAACAGUUGAACAGUUUUUAAAAAUCUCAGGAAACAAUUGUCUUUUUUCUAGGCGCUUGGAUGUAAGGAAAUUGGCUCAGAUCUAUAGCAGGGAAAUACCUAAUUUGGAGCAUAGAGGGUUUUUUUUAAAAAAAAUAGCAAAAAUUAAAACAUAAGAAAUAAUGUAUUAAGAAGUCUUACGCUUCUAUUUUGGCUAGACUUUUAAAGCACACUUCCAACUCUGGGAAAAUCUGUGUUCCAUAUGGAAAACGUUUACUUUUUCUAUUAAAAAAUAAGCUAUGUUGAUUAUUUGAGACAAUGAGGUGCCAUUAAUGUAAUUAAAAUUGACCACAUCAGUUGAGGCUUCAGUUUUGGCCAUAUUGUAUUAAUUCCUUAUAUACAUUGACUUUAAAACAAUUUCAGCUUGCUUCUUCUGAUAAAACCACCUGGAUUAACCCUUUGUAAAGCUGUUUGGUGCUCCAGCAACUUCAGUGAAAUUACACUUUGGGAAUCAAAUAGAAAAACACUGCUAAAUCUGUUUAAAAACUAAAAAAAGACCUCUUAUGGAAGAGCAGCAGGCUGCCUUCCCCCAGGCUAUUCAGAGUCCUGUCAGCUGCAGCAGGGAUGGCUCCCCAGUCUGAAGGGCUGAGGGGAGGGAAGAGCCAGGUGAGUCAGUGCAAAAGGAAUGUAAGCAGUUCCUUCCAAAUGUGCAUGGGAGCAUGGUGGAGCCCUUUGAAAGGAGCCCCCCUCCCCUUCCCAUCAGAACAGCCCUUUUAAGGCUGUUCCAGAUGGUUCUGUUUGCCUUUUCGCGUUUUGAAGUUUCCAGAAAGUCAUCACUGUAAUUCAUUUGAUUUUGCUGCAAGGAACCCUUCCACCCACUCCCAAAUGCCCCAUUCCUCUUGCAGAUGGCUUUCUGCUUCCUUUUCGUUCCUCUGCUGUUGAGUUUUAUGGCAUUGAUUGUUUUCGUGUCAAACUUGUCCGUUCCUGCUACUGCCUUAAUCUUCAGCAAAUAGUGUAACAGCUAAAAUAUGUACAAGGGCUAUUAUUUUUCAAACAUACCAGUCUAUUUCAUUUGUUUAAAAUAUUUCAGGGGAUUACCUUUUACAUACUUAAAUGGAUUUGUCAGCCUGGUGAUUUUCUUCAUAAACAUUUUCUUGUUUUAAAUUUUAUCCGCUCCCCCCCCCCCUUUGCCAAAAUCUGAUCCAGCUGAGUUUUCUUUUUCCAAUGCCUUUUUCCAUAUUAAAAAUGUGGUUUUUAAGGAGAAAGCAGCUAGAAAGUGUCAUACAGAAAAGAAAAAAAAAUCUGCAAAAUAUGUGAAACACGCUACCUCCCAUCAAUGGCGGUUGAACUGUGUGCCCCAGAGCUCCUUGAGGGCUGGGUUGGCCCUGCUCCACAGCCCCAGCCUGGUUGCUUUGCCCACCUGCCUACCAGCCUUUCUCCUUCGCAGGUGGCCGUCCAGCUGGUGCCCAGGGACCGGGGUGCCACUCCAAGGGGCACCAGAUGGAGGGACCUGCAGAGGGAACCUGGGAGUUCAGUGCCACCUCUGCCUUUACUUCAGAGUUUGGGCUCCACAGGGAUGAAGUACUUUUUAACAUUUGUGCCAAAAUAUUUAUGGGAGAGCUUCCUUCCUUUUUCUUUUCACUGAUUCAUAUGCGCAUGAGCGAGGAACUCGAGAUAGAUGCACUUACUGAAAAGAAAAUAAAUAUUUGGAAGACCCAUCCUGCCCCGUAACUUAAGGUUCCAAAGGAGAUGAAGAGAUGGGGAAAUAAUUGUUUCAAAACAAGUGGGUGGAUGUCUUAUAAUUUAGAAAUUAAAAAAUUGAUGGGAGAGUUCCAUUGAGUUAAACCAAAACUACAGAAGAUACUUUUUUUCUUAGGCCCCAAUAAACUCUUGUGAUUCAACUAAUGCCAUAACUAGAGUAUAUAAUUUGACUUAAAUUAAGUUUGUUUCUUGAGAAAUAUUUGCAUUUUCUUUAAAAGAAUAUAGGUUUUAUUUCCAAGAACUUGGACCAAUGUUAAUUUUUCUUUUGUAGGAAAUAAAAAUGGGCAAUUUGUAUAUUAUGUGUCUAGUUUACAUCUGCAAACACAUUAGUUUAACCAUAUUUGUAUAUAUCUUUCUAAAAUGUCAGACUUUUAGUUCAUAGACUUGUCAGAGUUUUUGUGUUACCACUGGUUUUCAUGAUUGUUGAAGAAUAAAUGUUGGGAAAUGUAGAUUUAUUUAUCUAAAAAAGCUACUUACUAUUAUCCUAAGUUAUUUUAAUAUUAAAAGUCAGAAUUUCAUUUAACCUUAGAUGUUAUAAUCUGCUUUUUUCAAUAAAGACAUUUUGUAGUUAC